CAAAAAUCGAAAAAGCCACAAGGAGCGAAAAGAGAGAAGCGAAGGAAAAUACUGAAAAUCGAGGCCUCUCAUUGGCCACCGCCUCGCUCUGCGUUUUCUCCUCUUUUCCCUAAUUCGCAUUUACAAAGGCAAGUCUUCUGAAACCCUUGCUCUUUGUUGACAAUUAUACUUUAUUAGCUUUGUCAAUGACGUGGUUACUUGUUAAUUCAAUUGGAUUAGUUGCGUUAUAGAUCUCAGUCAUAGAUUUGAAUACAGGGUUACUAUUUGUAAGCGGAAUUCGAGUCUUGAUGUAUUUGGGCGAAGUAUUAUUCAGAUAGCAGAUAAUUAGGUGUCGAUUGUUGAGUUCAAGGUGAAUAGAAUUUCCGAAAUCGGAAAAGAUUAAGAGAAAGGGAAAAAAAUUAGGCAAACAGGUGAAUUUGGUGAGGAACAAUGGCGGCUUCUAAAACGGAGGGGUCAUCAGCACCUGUUUUGAGACGAGACCCUUAUGAGGUGCUUUCUGUUACUAGAGAUUCUUCUGAUCAAGAAAUUAAGACUGCUUACAGAAAGCUUGCUCUUAAGUACCAUCCGGACAAGAAUGCUAACAAUCCUGAAGCUUCAGAGCUUUUUAAGGAGGUUGCAUAUUCGUAUAGCAUUUUGUCGGAUCCAGAAAAGAGGAGGCAAUAUGAUAAUUCAGGAUUUGAGUCUGUGUUAAUUGUUUUGACAUCUAUGGUUAAUGGUAAUAAGGCCCUUGACGCUGAAGGAUUGGAUAUGGAGAUUGAUUUGUCAAAUCUUGGAACAGUCAACACAAUGUUUGCAGCUUUAUUCAGCAAAUUGGGUGUUCCUAUCAAGACUACUAUUUCUGCAAAUGUUCUUGAAGAGGCUUUAAAUGGUACUGUCACGGUUAGACCUCUUCCUAUAGGAACUUCAGUCAGUGGAAAGGUUGAGAAACAGUGUGCCCACUUCUUUGGUGUCACCAUCAGUGAAGAACAAGCAGAGUCAGGCAUAGUAGUUAGAGUUACUUCAGCUGCACAAAGCAAAUUUAAGCUCUUGUAUUUUGAACAAGAUGCUAAUGGGGGAUAUGGAUUGGCGUUGCAGGAAGAUAGUGAGAAAACAAACAAGGUUACAUCAGCUGGGAUGUACUUUUUGCAUUUCCAAGUGUACAGAAUGGAUUCAACUGUUAAUGCGUUAGCAAUGGCCAAAGACCCAGAAGCUGCUUUCUUCAAGAGACUCGAAGGACUUCAACCUUGUGAGGUCUCGGAACUAAAAUCCGGCACUCACAUAUUCGCCGUUUAUGGAGAUAAUUUCUUCAAAACUGCCUCGUAUACGAUUGAGGCUCUUUGUGCGAAGACUUAUGAGGAUACAACUAAUAAGCUUAAAGAUAUUGAAGCUCAGAUCUUGAGGAAGAGAAAUGAGCUUCGCCAAUUUGAGACUGAAUAUAGGAAGGCAUUGGCACGAUUCCAAGAAGUCACCAACCGAUACAGCCAGGAAAAGCAGUCCGUUGAUGAACUGCUAAAACAGCGAGAUAGUAUCCACUCCUCUUUUACAGUUUCCAGAACCGUAGCUUUUCCCAGUGGGAGUGGACAGUUUAGCAAUGGGAGUGGCAGUAGCAAAUUAACAGGUGAAGAGAGUCCAGGGGACGAGGGUAGUGCCGAUUCCAAGGAUAAAUCUUCGAAGAAAAAAUGGUUUAAUCUUAACCUCAAAAGUUCCGAGAAAAAGUAAACAUCUUUUAAAGUUGGUAUUCUCGUAAUAUUGCCAGAUUUAUGGUUUGUGAUAUUAUAGUUAUGAAUUCUGGGAGAUGUAGAGGUUUGUUUGUGUACAUUGGAUUNUUGAAUAUUGGUGGCGAGCUGGGAUUUGAAUUUUAUAGGGGCAGUAAUGGGUGGGAUGGACUUGGGGCACGAUAGGAAUUUAUUUUGAUUUUGUUGUAACAGUAAU